CCUUCCAACCGGAAGUGAGUUUUCACUUCGGCUACGUGGAAGUAGCUUCUCCCGUCGCCGAGGCUGAGAGCAUCUCCUGCCCUCAUCCGUGUCUUUCACUCCGGAACAAUGAUUAAGAAGUUCGAUAAGAAGGACGAGGAGUCCGGAAGCGGGUCCAACCCUUUCCAACACCUGGAGAAGAGUGCCGUGUUGCAGGAGGCACGCAUUUUCAACGAGACCCCCAUCAACCCGAGAAGAUGCCUCCACAUCCUCACCAAGAUCAUCUACCUCCUCAACCAGGGUGAGCAUUUCGGGACCACGGAGGCUACCGAGGCCUUCUUUGCGAUGACCAGGCUCUUUCAGUCCAAUGACCAAACCCUGAGGAGGAUGUGCUACCUUACCAUCAAAGAGAUGGCCAACAUCUCGGAGGACGUCAUCAUCGUCACCAGCAGCCUGACCAAGGACAUGACAGGGAAGGAAGACGUGUACCGCGGACCUGCUAUCAGAGCCCUCUGCAGGAUUACAGAUACCACCAUGCUGCAGGCCAUUGAGAGAUACAUGAAGCAGGCAAUUGUUGACAAGGUGCCCAGUGUGUCCAGUUCUGCCCUGGUGUCCUCAUUGCACAUGGUAAAGAUGAGCUACGAUGUGGUGAAGCGCUGGGUGAACGAAGCCCAGGAAGCGGCUUCCAGUGACAAUGUCAUGGUCCAGUAUCACGCGCUGGGCCUGUUGUAUCACCUGAGGAAGAACGACCGCCUCGCCGUCACCAAGAUGCUCAACAAGUUCACCAAGUCCGGUCUCAAGUCUCCCUUUGCCUAUUGCAUGCUCAUCCGGAUCGCCAGCAAGCUGCUGGAUGAGACAGAGGGAGGUCACGACAGCCCCUUGUUUGACUUCAUCGAGAGCUGCCUGAGGAACAAGAAUGAGAUGGUGGUGUACGAGGCCGCUUCUGCCAUUGUCCAUAUGCCCAACUGUACUGCCAGAGAGCUGGCUCCUGCUGUGUCGGUGCUGCAGCUCUUCUGCAGUUCUCCUAAAGCUGCCCUGAGAUAUGCUGCAGUCAGGACCCUCAACAAGGUGGCGAUGAAGCAUCCCUCAGCUGUCACGGCGUGUAAUCUGGACCUGGAAAACCUGAUCACGGACUCGAACCGCAGCAUCGCAACGCUGGCAAUCACCACUCUGCUCAAGACUGGCAGCGAGAGCAGCGUGGACCGACUCAUGAAGCAGAUCUCCUCGUUCGUUUCUGAGAUCUCGGACGAGUUCAAGGUGGUGGUGGUGCAGGCCAUCAGCGCUCUGUGUCAGAAGUAUCCCAGGAAGCACAGCGUCAUGAUGAACUUCCUGUCCAACAUGCUCAGAGAUGAUGGCGGCUUUGACUACAAGCGGGCCAUCGUGGACUGCAUCAUCAGCAUCAUCGAGGAGAACCCCGAGAGCAAAGAGACGGGCCUGGCCCACCUGUGCGAGUUCAUUGAGGACUGCGAGCACACAGUGCUGGCCACCAAGAUCCUGCACCUGCUGGGCAAAGAGGGCCCGCGCACACCACAGCCCUCCAAGUACAUCCGCUUCAUCUUCAACCGCGUGGUGCUGGAGAGCGAGGCCGUUCGCGCAGCUGCCGUCAGUGCUCUGGCUAAAUUCGGAGCUCAGAAUGAUGACCUGCUGCCGAGUGUCCUGGUUCUUAUGCAAAGGUGCAUGAUGGACAGUGAUGAUGAGGUGCGUGACAGAGCUACUUUCUACAUGAAUGUGCUGCAGCAGAAGCAGAAGGCACUGAAUGCUGCCUACAUCUUCAACGGUCUGUCGGUUUCCAUCCCCGGCCUGGAGAAGUCCCUCCACCAGUACACUCUGGAGCCCCUGGAGAAACCUUUCGACAUGAAGACCGUCCCCCUGGCCACCACUCCCAUCUCAGAACAGAAGACAGAUAUCGCCCCUGUCGCUACCAGCAAACUGCCAGAGAGGUUGGCCCCCUCACGCCAGGACAUUUACCAGGAGCAACUGGCGGCCGUCCCGGAGUUCCACGGGCUCGGCCCGCUCUUCAAGUCCUCGGAGCCGGUGCAGCUGACGGAGGCUGAGACGGAAUACGUGGUGCGCUGCAUCAAGCACACCUUCGCCAGGCACAUGGUGUUCCAGUUCGACUGCACAAACACACUUAACGACCAGCUCUUGCAAAAGGUCCUAGUACAGAUGGAGCCGUCGGAAUCCUACGAGGUGAUUCACUACAUCCCAGCCGCCACCCUUCCCUACAGUCAGCCCGGGUCCUCCUACACUCUGGUCCGCCUGCCCGACGACGACCCCACUGCCGUGUCUUGCACGUUCAGCUGCACAAUGAAGUACCUCGUCAAAGACUGCGACCCCAACACGGGAGAGCCUGAUGACGAUGGUUAUGACGACGAAUAUGUGCUGGAGGAUCUGGAGGUGACUGUUGCCGACCACAUCCAGAAGGUUUUGAAACCAAAUUUCGCAGCAGCGUGGGAAGAAGUGGGAGACGAAUUUGAGAAGGAAGAGACCUUCGCCCUGGCGUCUGUACGGACUCUAGACGAGGCGGUGGGUAACAUCAUCAGCUUCCUGGGAAUGCAGCCAUGUGAGCGCUCUGACAAAGUUCCUGAAAACAAGAAUUCGCACGUCCUCUUCCUGGCUGGCGUGUUCCGUGGCGGUCACGACGUGCUGGUCCGUGCCCGCCUGGCGCUGGCCGACGGCGUCACCAUGCAGGUGACGGUUCGCAGCGGAGAAGAGACGGUCGUCGACGUCAUCCUCGCCUCUGUGGGCUGAAGUGCCAACGCAAUCACGAGAGCUUUUUGCGUCUGCACGGCAAACUGUCUGAAAUGUCUUUUUCUUUUCUUUCUUCACAGCUCUAAAAUUAAAGAUAUCAUGCUGUUGUAAUUACUAUGCCGACACCAUCCACACCUGAAUAAAUGUUUUAUUACUUCAAAGACACAAACUUUAAAAGUGUUUCUUCUAUGUUUUGUUUUUACCGUCUGCUCCUGGUUCUGUCAAAUCUACAAUAAAGUCUCGACUGUCAAAAUAA